AUAUAUGGCUGUGGUUACUGCAGCGUUUUCUUCCUCGUAGUGCUUGUCUCCACCUUUCUUUGCGCCGCUUUUUACGGAUACUUUUUGCUGAUUUCCCGACUAACCGAGGGGCUGCAUUUUUGGUGGCUUCUACAAGCCGCGAAACUAAACCAAUAAAACCUACAAAAGUGUAUGCUAGUAGUAUACUUCUAGGAAUUUAGGCACAAGACUCCUACCCUACUCUAGGAUAUAGUUGUUGGGCUGCUGCAAGAGUUUGGGGUCCUGGUAUUCCAUUUAACCGAGAACACGGCAUGGCCUCACCAAGAACAUGACGUCGAACUGCCCCGCCAUUUACAACUUUAUGACAGCUGUGCCUAUUUAUCAGCAUAUCUACUCUAUAUCUGCUCUCUUGUCUUCCUCUUUCCUACACUCUCUACACUCUCAAUCUCUUCUCAAAAUCUCAAAACACUUUUCACAAUGCCGGCCGUUGAAACCAAGUUCGAUCCCAAGGACAUGGAGUUCCGACGCUUGGGACCAGCUGGGUUGAAAGUCUCUGUCCUGUCUCUGGGUGGAUGGCUCACUUACGGCGGCACGCAGAAGGGCUCAAUCGUCAAGGAUUGCAUGCAAGCUGCUUGGGACAAUGGUAUCAACUUCUACGACACUGCCGAGGCCUACGCUGCGGGGGAGUGCGAGCUGGAGAUGGGAAAUGCAUUGAAGGAGCUGGCUUGGCCGCGUGACGAAUUCGUGUUGUCUACGAAGAUCUUCUUUGGCACUCAGAGGAAGGAGCCAAAUACAAGGGGUCUGUCGAAGAAGCACAUCGUCGAGGGUUUGAAGGACUCUCUAGCCCGUCUACAGACGCCAUACGUGGACAUUGUCUUCGCUCAUCGUCAUGAUCCUGAUGUAUCCAUGAAGGAAAUUGUCGAGGCUUUCACACAGACAAUUAACAUGAAUCUUGCAUACUACUGGGGAACAUCUGAAUGGUCGGCAGAACAGAUCCAGGAGGCGAUCGACAUUGCCGAGAAAUACCAUCUCAUCGCGCCAAUCGCCGAACAACCGCAGUACAACGCAUUUCACCGCGAACGGUUCGAGAAGGAAUAUGCACCACUGUAUGAGAAGCACCAAUUAGCAACGACUAUCUGGUCGCCCUUAGCCAGCGGGAUGUUAACUGGGAAGUACAACGAUGGCAUUCCCGAAGGUUCGCGGUUUGCGAACAAUUCGGGCAUGAUGAGCAGCAAUAUUGAAGCACUCAAGACUGAAGAGGGAAAAACCAAGAUCAAGAAGGUUAAAGAGAUGACCAAGAUUGCAGAGGAGCUUGGAGGCACCAUGGCACAACUCGCUUUGGCUUGGGCUGCGAAGAACAAGAAUGUGUCCACGGUCAUUCUUGGUGCUACAAAGCCAGAGCAAGUACACGACAACUGCGGGGCCAUCAAGCUGUUGCCGAAGCUGACACCAGAGAUCAUGGAGAAGAUUGAGGGUAUCUUGGCUAACAAGCCCUGA